UCCCACAUCUAUCAGAAGAAAAAGAAAAAGCAGAACUCUGCAGAGAGGGUGAGAAGAAAGUGGCUUGAGAAGCAGGCCAAAUCCUUUCCUUAACCUUCACGCCUUCACUACACCCCAUUCCUUCUAUCUGCUAAAUUAACUAUCCCUACUCUCUCACACCCUUUCCUCUUCUUCUUCUUCUUCUCUCUCUCUCUCUCUCUCUCUCUCUUUCACUUCUCAUAAAAACCUCUGUUUUACAGUCUCUGUUAUCUAUGCAUUUAAAGCACACUGUCAACGCGCUUCUCUUCUCUUCCCAUUGACUCUUUGCUAGCCUUUCCCUCACCACCGCACUCUUUUUCUUUCUUAAAAUUCCCACCUCAUCUUCCCAAGAUUUUCUCACAGGGAAAGAAAACAGAGCUUCAUACAUUCAAGAAACAGGGGAGCUAAAAGGAAAAGGCAUAGGUUCUUUUAUUUUUAUUUUCUUUCACUUUCUUUCUGUUUCUUGGGAUUUCCAACAUGGGUUAUUGUAAAGAACAAGAACAACAACAAGAAAAUAUGUUGAAGCAAGUGUGGGUUCAUGGACCUAUCAUAAUAGGUGCUGGACCAUCUGGUUUAGCUGCUGCGGCUUGCCUCUCUCAACAUGGUGUUCCUUCUUUGAUUCUUGAGAAAACCGACUGUAUAGCUUCUCUUUGGCAACAAAGAACAUAUGAUCGCCUCAAACUUCACCUUCCCAAACGCUUCUGUGAACUUCCACUUCUUGGUUUUCCUGAUAACUUCCCAAAGUACCCUACAAAGCAUCAAUUCAUCUCCUACAUGGAAUCCUAUGCUCUACACUUCUCAAUCCAACCCAAGUUCAAGCAAGCCGUUCAAAAAGCUGAAUUUGACAACGUUACUGGGUUUUGGAGGGUACAAACCCAAGAUCAAGAAUACAUUUCCCGUUGGCUUAUUGCGGCCACUGGUGAGAAUGCUGAGCCUUUAAUACCAGAGAUUGUUGGGAUGGAGAAGUUCAAUGGUCCUAUUAUACAUACCAGCGUUUACAAGUCUGGUUCUGAGUUCAAGAACCAGAGGGUCUUAGUUGUGGGCUGUGGCAAUUCUGGCAUGGAAGUAAGCUUGGACCUCUGUAGAUACAAUGCAAUCCCACACAUGGUUGUUAGGAAAAACGUGCAUGUACUACCUAGAGAAAUGUUUGGCAUGUCAACGUUUGGAAUAGCCAUGGCACUUUUAAAGUGGUUCCCUCUAAAACUAGUUGACAAGUUCCUAUUACUAGUGGCUAAUUUCACCUUAGGCAACACUGACCAAUUAGGCCUCCGGCGACCGAAAACCGGCCCAAUCGAGCUCAAAAAUGUCACAGGAAAGACUCCGGUACUCGACGUGGGUGCAUUGUCUCAAAUAAGAUCAGGCAAAAUUAAGGUGGUGGAAGGAGUUAAAGAGAUAACAAGAAAUGGAGUAAAAUUUAUGGAUGGACAAGACAAGGAGUUUGAUUCUAUAAUCCUCGCAACUGGGUACAAAAGCAACGUGCCUACUUGGCUCAAGGGAUGUGAUCUUUUCACCAAGGAUGGUAUGCCCAAAACGCCAUUUCCUGACGGAUGGAAGGGAGAGAAUGGAUUAUACACAGUUGGAUUCACUAGGAGAGGGCUCUUGGGAACGGCUUCUGACGCUGUUAAAAUUGGACAACACAUAGCUGAGCAAUGGAGGACAAACAAGGACUGCAACAAAUCUUGUAAUUCCCAUGUUAUCCAACUUGGAAAAUCAUAGUAACAGUUUGGAGCAGGAAAAUAAAAAUAAUAAUAAGACUAUAGAUGAAAAUUUGGGUAAA